UACGUGACUGUUCUCGCCUUCUAUUGAAGGGUUGAAAAUACUUUAUUUUCCUAGAAAAUAAAAAGAAAACCUCCAAAUAUGGUCUAGCGUGUUUAUGCUGCCAUGUGUUUACGCACCUUUCCUUUCACCAGCUUUCACGCUCUAAAAUUCCCAAAUCGGACUAUGAAUAUUACUAAAACAAGACAAUCCAAUCCAUUGUCGUUGUUUUGGUUUUGGGUUGGUGCUUUCUCGCGUGGUUGCGUUCCUCGAGUCCGUGCUGCUUCACGAACGUGCUUACGUGAUUGGGCGGAAACAGUCCGGUGCUGCCGCGAACCCAGACCAUCCUCCCGCAGGUGGAAAGGGCUCGUCGAGUGGCGCGUCCCUACCGCGUAUCCACACCAUCCUCUGUUCCAGCAGUCAACAGCCGCAGGAAAAGAGGCACAUGGUCCUUGCCAAGCUGUCGGGCAUCACUUUUGUGCUGCCCCGGUGAACAGUGCCAGAGGAGGUACCCACAUCUCCAAUGGAUGAAGGCGCACACUUGGAGAACCAUGGCGGAAUGCUCGCUUCCUGUCUUCCUUUGGAGGGGAAGUGGAACGGCACUUUUGAAGUUAAAAAAGAGCAAGAUGAAGAGCCUGCCGUUUCGACUUCCUCGGCCUGGCAUUGUGGAGACGUGGGUGAUCCCUUCAUUUCCCACGGGCACAUUUGUGUGGUCCAAACCACAUCCGUAAUUGUGAAGAAAGAGCCAGAGGAUGCACCGUCUACUUCGGCGGAUGACAGCGUGCACUCUUACAACUGCGGCGACAUGUCCGAAUUUCCACUGCAGCUGGAGGGGUACAGGGCCGGUGGCAUUUCAGUCAAGGAAGAGCCAGAGGAUGUACCGCCUACUUUGGCUGAAAGCAUUCUACCUGACGAUGGCAGCAGUAUGUCUGAAUGUCCACUGCAACUGGAAUCACACGGGGACAGUAUCACUGCAGUCAAGGAAGAGCCAACUGAUGUGGAAAGGCUGAGUUUCAACCGCAAGGAGAGCAACAGCUCUUUUGCCCAUGAGAGGUGUGAUCAGCCACAGCAGGAGGAACAAGAUGAGCCCAAGAGCUACGACUGCUGCUUCUGCCCUUUCUCCAGUUUCAUCAAAAGCAAGGUUGUUGCACAUGAAAAGACACACACGGGAGAGCGACAAUUCACCUGCAGCCACAGCCAAAUGGCAUUCCCCACCAGGCUGGGCUUUCAUGCUCAUCCAAACAUUUUGGGUACCAAAGCACACUUCAAAUGCUGUACUUGCUCACGAAUAUCUCAGCGGAAGGCUGACUUGCUUGCCCACCGAAAUAUUCAUGUAUAUGAAAAGCCCUACGCAGGUGACACUUACGGCAAACGAUCCCCGUCAAAAAGCAGCGUCACACAUCACCAAGAUGUACAUGUAGACACAAAUCGCAUUAAAUGUACCAGAUAUCAACAGACAUUUAAGUCAAGGAAAAACUUGAUGAAGCACCACAACCACAACGUCUGCAAGGAGGUAGAUGUUUGUGAAAGCACUGAUAGAGAUGAAAGGCCUUUUCAGUGCGCCGAAUGCCCCAGAGCUUGUAGAGAAAAAUCUGAUGUGCCUAGUCAUCAAAGGUCUCACAUGGAGCAAAGGCCCUUUAAAUGCCCCAGAUGCGCUAAAGUGUUUCAGACAAAGUCUCGUAUGACUGCUCAUGUGAUAACAAGACCUUUUAGAUGUCUCUUGUGCCCUAAAGCAUUUCAUUUAAAGUGUGGUUUGAGAACUCAUAAAGGAGUUCACGUGAGUGAAAGACCCUUCAAAAGCUCUGCAAGCCCUAAAGCAUUUAGAAAAAAGUCUUACUUGACUGGUCAUAGACUAAUUUGCACAGAUGAGAGACCCUUUAACUGUGUCACAUUCCCUGAGGCGUUUCAAACAAAGUCUAAUUUGACUGCUCUUAAGGUAACUGACAGAAAUAAAAGGAUCUUUAAGUGUGCCAAAUGCCAUCAGAUAUUUAAAACAUUGUUUUGUAUGAAAGCUCAUACAAUGACUCACACAGUUGAAAAGUGCUUUAAAUGUACCACCUGUCCUAAAUCGUUUAAAAAAAGAGAUCACUUAAGAGAUCAUGAAAGGAUUCACAGUGGGGAGAGGCCCUUUAAAUGUGCUUUGUGCCCUAAAAUAUUUCGAACAAAGUUUUGUUUGACUAGACACAAGAUUCUUCACACAGAUGAAAGGCCCUUUAAAUGUCCCCGCUGUCCUAAAGCAUUUCCACUGAGGCAGUACUUGACAGAUCACGAAAAGGUUCACAAGGUGGGAAAGUUAUUUUCAUGUACUUCCUGCAACAGAACAUUUGUAAGAAAAGGUUGGCUGAUUGCCCAUAAAAAAGUUCACAAGGACUGCACAGAGAAUGAUGUCGGCUGUACAAAGAGGUCCGGCAAUGUGCGACGGGUAUCAUGCAACAAGAAAGUUCCUUCAAAUGAUGCGUCUGCUGCACUUGCCUAAGUGGAUUUUGCAGAGUAGCUGGAGUCACAAAAGAAGCUAUAAGGGUGAAGUAACCCCAGAUAUGAAGAUGGAAACAGGGCUUGAGUAGACAGCAGGUUAUCGGAAUGGGGAAAGUUCCUUUAAAUGUCCAACCUGCCCGACGGCAGUUUGAAUUAAGUAUGACUUGAACAAGUAUGAAAUAAUUUUCAAAAUUGAAAUCCUUAGCGAACGUGAAACUUACGAAGCGUUUCGGUAGAGUCGGGACUUAACCACCAGGGGUUCGAUUUUGGUCACCGCAAGUGUGAAAAUUGAUUCGCAUCUCACGGAGCGAAUUAAGAAGCGUUCAUAGAUGGUUUGUCUGUUCACACAACCGAAGAUUGUGGUUCAUCCCCUAUCGAGCGUCAUUCACGGGUAGAAAUAAAGCAAUCACCGUAUGUCGUCUGCUAAGACUGUGAAAAAAGCUGAUCGUCUGCUACAAGCCAAGUGCCGUGGUAAAGUGAUAUCGGUCGCAAGCUGAAAUUGUGAUCGUCUGCUAGCUCAAGUUGGAAGGCAUUGACAGCCAGUGCUUCUUUUGUAAACCUGAUGUUCCCUUGCUGUGCAUAAGUUGACAUUGGCAGAUGGAUAAAGGAGCCCCAAGAAGAAGAACAUCAAAGGCAAUGAGACAUUUCUUGCUAUUUGUGAGUUGGUGAGAUGCUCCCACCAAACUAUUUCCCCAUCCAACGGUUCCAAAAUUUUUCAUUGGAUUAUGCUUACCCAGCUGGAAGCUGUGACGCCACAUCAGUCAGCAGCCGUGAACGCUCCCUCUCAACUACAUUGACCAAAAUUGAACACCUCUCUAAGAAACACUGGGUUUGAGGCUGAUCUCGCAUUGGCAUCCCUGCUAACCCUAACCGUGUGGACUGUUAAUUUUCCUGCCGUUUUUACAUUUCGCGGUGUACAUACUUUUCCGAGGCCAUUGAGAAGGCAUUGUACCACAUUUGAAAUAAAAAACAUACAACUGUAAGCUAUUUUUGUUGAAUGUGUGCACGACAGAACACGCUAGACUAGGAUGUUUGCUUUAUGUUUUGAUUGCAUUGCCCAUUCAGAAGAAUUGAUUGACAAAGUACUUAGGUGUGAAAAAUAAUUUGCAACAGAAGGUGGCCGAAAGGCAUGCAUAUUCCUUGCGUACAAAUAAUGUGAUUACCGAUGUUCGGAGAGGACUCUGAGAUGAAAUUCAGCAAGAACUUUAGCAAUAGAUUGUAUGUACUGCACCGUGUAGCGUUAUCAAAAAAGUCUAUUUGAGAAAGAGCUCAAGUAACGCAGUGCAUCCAUUCAGCAGUGUCGGUGACAGUCACUUCUCGACGAUCGUACAGAAUUAAAAAAGACUUCGUUUUUAGGCCCAUUUUGGAGAGAGAUUUUUUUUUUUUUGCAGGACUGGUUCCAAGGCAAAAAAAAAAAAAGGAAUGUAACUGAUCUGUUCUCCACGUCAACCUAACUGUCUAUUUUUGGCGAAGGCACAACUCUCCAGGACUGUCUCUGGCAGAACACUGGUCAUUGUUUACAAAAUUGUGUAGAGGGCCGUUCGACGUUCUUCCCUUCCUUUCUUGUGAAUGCCGAGCGGAAACGCUCAACUAGAGAGUACUUGGGCUGGAAGCCCUAGUUCUCAUAGGGCAAGAGAACACAAAAUGGGUAUUCAGCAUGCCUAAGGAAAAUAAUGUUAAAAUUUUCAGGAAAGGCUGGAAAACUUGGAAUGAGAAGCUGCAAAAUGCAAGUGCAGACGAGCUGAACAGGUUUCAAGAGAGUGGCAAAACAUUUCUAGCUACCAGGGGUUGCGAGAGUCGAACCCCUGGUAGCUAGGAGUCCGACAAACUAUAAUUACAUUUUCCGACGUGAAACAUACGUCGGAAAAUAAAAUUAUAGUUUAGCUUCAAGCGGUGCCGGGUUGAUUUCCAGGUUCCAGGUUUUCAUAAUCCAGACAAACUUAGCACUGCAUAAAAUAUUUCAUAAUUAAAUUUUUUUUUUUUUUAAUCUUGAAGAAUUAUUUGUUGAUGUUAAUUUUCGGGUGUGUGUGCACUUUUUAACAAGUGGUUGAUGCAAUUUCUGAGCAAAUACCAGAAAAAACCAUGUAUGAAGUAAAAAACAAUAAAGAAAAAAAACGCAUGGAAUUGAACUUGGCGGCCUUUGGGGGUUCGGUUUCAUGUCAAUCUCGGGCAUGUCAAUUUUGAAGUUCGAGGGUGACAGAUUUUUCUUUUACAUCCUGCAAUAAAGCGUCUGUUCAUUACACAUUUGAAGCGAGACAUGAAACAUUGCAGGAAACCACUAGCUGUUACCAUCCUCUUGAUUUCAUUACUCGUCAACGUCUUUGAGCACAACAGCU